AGUGGGGGAGUGGAGGCGGGAGUGAAGUCUCGCGAGAGGACGUGGUUGCUGUAGCGGAGCCCUCUGGUCGUGUGUCUGAGGUGCCGCCGCUGUAGUCGCGGACGGUUUGCCGAGCCCGUUAGUGCUCCAGACCGAGACUGACGCCACCGUCAUGUCCCGCUACCUGCGCCCCCCGAACACGUCUCUGUUCGUCAGGAAUGUGGCCGACGACACUAGGUCUGAAGAUUUACGGCGUGAAUUUGGCCGCUAUGGUCCUAUAGUUGAUGUGUAUGUUCCACUCGAUUUCUACACUCGUCGUCCAAGAGGAUUUGCUUAUGUUCAAUUUGAGGAUGUUCGUGACGCUGAAGAUGCUUUGCAUAAUUUGGACAGAAAAUGGAUUUGUGGACGUCAGAUUGAAAUACAGUUUGCACAGGGGGAUCGGAAAACACCAAAUCAAAUGAAAGCCAAGGAAGGAAGGAAUGUGUACAGUUCUUCACGUUAUGAUGAUUAUGACAGAUACAGGCGUUCUAGGAGCCGGAGUUAUGAAAGGAGGAGAUCAAGAAGUCGGUCUUUUGAUUACAACUAUAGAAGAUCUUAUAGUCCUAGAAACAGUAGACCGACUGGAAGACCGCGGCGUAGCAGAAGCCAUUCCGACAAUGAUAGAUUCAAACACCGAAAUCGAUCUUUUUCAAGAUCUAAAUCCAAUUCAAGAUCACGGUCCAAGUCCCAGCCCAAGAAAGAAAUGAAGGCUAAAUCACGUUCUAGACCAAACUGCAGCUGGAAUACCCAGUACAGUUCUGCUUACUACACUUCAAGAAAGAUCUGAAAGCGGAAAAAGAACCAAAGAAGGGCAGUUCAAGCGACCAAAGGGUGGGUGGAAGGUGCUGCAGUAUGAAUACUGUACGAAUAUUUUGACUGGUAUGAAAAGAUAAAAGAAUUAUCGAAAACUACAUGGAAUAAUUGAAGUCCCUUCAAGUUUGAAAGUAAGCAUUUUAGGACAAAUAAAAGGAAAUUCAACUUUGUACUUGUGGAAACUAAUCCCUAAAUAUGAACAGGUUUAUAUUGAUUCAUGGGUAACAGGUCCAUAAUAAAUUAUUGAAAACUAGGAUGUCUUGAGUAUCAAGGAAGACAGCCAUAGUCUCUUACAGUGCCUCUGAUGGUCUGUCUUAAACUGAAUUGGGUGGGAAUAGGUAUGAUCCAAUGUAAAUUUUUUCUUGGUUAAUUCUUAAGUAAUUUCCAUUUAUGCCAUUAUUGGCAAAUCUUGCCUUUGUUUAGUAUGGUGCCAGUGUUUUCUGCUUAAUUGUUUGCUUUGUUGGCAUCUGAGUUUAUUGUACACCACAUGCAGUUUACAUCAUCUUUAAUCACUCACCUUCCCAGGUAUAUUCCAAUUAUACUUGACAUCCCGCUGAGAGGACCCAUCUCUUCUCACUUCUUUCCUAGUCAGUAUGUCAGCAAAUACUUACUGAGCUUUUACUAUGGGCAAACCAUUGUACUGAAUAACUGAGGAGAACAGAUAAUAUUUCCUUUAUUCAGUGAAUGCUGAGCACAAUCUAAUGAAUCGUGAUAUGGCCUUAUUGUUUUGAGGUGUAUUACACAAUAUUUUGUACCACUCAUAAUGUAAUUAUCAACCCAGUAUGCUAUCAAAGAUAACUAAUUUUAUGGUUACCUGCCCUUUAAAAAAAUGUCCAGUAUUUUGUUUGCAUCCCAUUAAUACAAAUAAUGAAAAAAAUGUUUUAAUCUAUAAUAAAUUGAUUUACUGUGCUGUGACUGUAAUAUACUAGAGUUAUAUUAAUUAUUAACUCUGCCUCAAUCACACACAUAAUAGAGAAAAAAAAAAUCCCCAAAAUUAAGUAUUUAACUUUGCAUUAUUUAGGAGACCCUGGGUGCUAUGAUUAGAUUGUUUUGGAGAAGACAACUAUUAUCCCAUCUGAUUUAGUAUGUUCUGUAAGUGAGAAAAUUUUGCCAGAUUAUACUUUUUAGUGAUUUACAUGUACAUUUUAUAGGGGACAUGUUCUGUGUAUAGUGAAUAAAUAAUUUUUAUAGUGUGUUACAAAAUGUUCUGGGUUCAUUAGUUCCUUAUUAGGAUAUGAGGUUUAUCACACUAUGAUUCCAUCUCAUUUGACUUUUGUUACAUUUCUCCCACAUACUUAAAACUGUGUAAAAUUAUCUAAAAUCUGGAAAUAGAGCUUAAGUCUUUUAAUUUAUAAUAAUUUCAAAAGUGUAGUAGAAUGUACAUAACUGAAGGAAGGCAUAAAAUGGAGAUACUGUUAUUCUCAUUUAAAAAAAUUUUUUUCUAACUGCCCAAGGUCAUACAAGUGGCAAAUACUAGGUUAGAGUGCACAAAUUCUGAUUCACUUUUGUUUUGUUUUUCAAUUGAGUUGGAAAGUAGCUUUAUUUUCAUGGAGAUAAUAAAGUUGAUAUAAUGGAAUCUAGAAUACGUGGAGCAGAUUGUGGAGUCAGUUACAAAAUGUAUCUUAUACUUUCACAAGAUCAUUAGCAUUGAAUUGGUAGCUUUUACUGGUAGGGGUUGUGUAUUUUUUGAAACAAUACCUUUGUAGUUCACACAUAUUUGGUCCUGUAUCUCCCUUUUCCAUUUCCUGUUGAACUGAGGUUAAAACAUUUCAGGGGGAAUUAAAUUGCCUGUUUGGUUCAGAUUUUCUUUUUUAAAAAUUGGUGAAUACAUAUGGUAUUAGUUUGUUUCCUAACCUGUUGACUUUAUUUCUUGCUGGAAAGUAUUUUGUUCAUUUAUAAAUGCAAUUAACAAUAAUUGAUCUCUAAAGUUAUAAAUGUGAUGAAUCAGAAAAGGCCGUUGUGGUUUUGGCAACUGUCAAAAUACAGUGGAUUGCUUCAGUGUUAUCUUCUGUGGUUGUUACCUUAUAUAUUGAAGGCUGUCCAUGUUAUUAAGCACUUAAUGUGCCAAGCCAUGUACUUUGCAGAUAUUCCCAUUUAAUGCUAAAAAUACUUGAGAAAUGGAUGCUAUUUCUGUUGUACAGAUGAGAAAGUUGUCAUUUUUUUUUUUUGCAUACACUAUUUCAUUUCUCAACUUGUAACAUAAUGGGUAACUUUUCUGCAUGAGAAAGACAUUAAGUCUAACCCAAGAUCACAGGCUGUUGUGGCUCAGAGCUUUCCAAAUUUUAAUCUUUUAAAGACUUGACCAUGUGCCUAUUAGAAUGUCCUGAGAUUGAGAAGGCUGUGACUUUAGCAGUAGUUUGGAAUAAUCUAAUGACAUUCUAUUAAUAGGAUCAUUGGGCUUUUGGGAAUUCCAGGAGUGAAAUGCUUUUGUUCAAUAGUUGAUGGCUUGAUAAAUAGGUGAGGUAAAUAAUCUAUUUUCAGCAGCUAUUGCUGCCUACAAGACAUUCUGGUAGUCAUUAUGGAAAGGGCUCCUCUUGGGUCUUUUCCUCUGCCUCAUCUUAACAGUGUUGGUUAUUUUUAUAUUUGUAUAUUUGUAAAGCCAUUUCAUCAUUGUGUUAAAGAUGGAGAUUUUUUUGGAAUAAAAAAUGAGGCAUGUAAAUUCAUUUCAUUGAUAAUUGACAGUUUGUAAAGACGUAAAAGGCCUUUGUAUUUAGUUUUUUGCAGAUCCCAUUUCUUUGAAUGCUGGCAAGUGAAAUAAACUGGUCUAGGAGCCAAAAAA